UCAGCUGUCUGCUCAGUCGUUGUAGGUGGCAGCACCGCAUCACGUGAAUUUUCAUGGCGCUGAGGGGCUAGUCCCGAUUGUCUUGUGAUUUCACCAAAUUACAGCUGUUUUGAAUUAUUUGUUGUUGAACAGCACUAAAUUAUAAGUUUUGGUGAAAAUGUCAGAAUACUGGUUGAUUAGCGCCCCUGGCGACAAAACUUGCCAGCAGACAUGGGACAACCUGAACAAUGCCACCAAAUCUGGCAACCUCAGCGUCAACUACAAAUUCCCAAUCCCAGACUUGAAGGUGGGGACUCUGGACCAGCUGGUGGGACUGUCUGAUGACCUCGGCAAGUUGGACACCUUCGUCGAGAGCGUCACUCGGAAGGUCGCGCAAUAUCUCGGAGAGGUUCUCGAAGAUCAACGCGACAAGCUUCAUGAGAACUUGAUGGCAAAUAACAGCGACCUGCCGACAUACCUCACCCGCUUUCAGUGGGACAUGGCCAAGUAUCCCAUCAAGCAGAGCCUCCGUAACAUCGCUGAUAUCAUCAGUAAACAGGUGGGUCAAAUUGACGCCGACCUGAAAUCCAAGUCUUCGGCCUACAACGCACUCAAGGGCAACCUACAAAACUUGGAGAAGAAACAAACUGGAAGCCUGUUGACCCGCAACCUAGCGGACUUGGUGAAGAAGGAGCACUUCAUUCUGGACAGCGAGUACCUCACCACGCUCCUCGUCAUCGUGCCCAAGUCGAUGUUCAAUGAGUGGAACGCCAACUACGAGAAGAUCACCGACAUGAUCGUGCCUCGCUCCACGCAGCUCAUCUACCAGGACAACGACUACGGACUCUACAGCGUCACGCUCUUCAAGAAGGUGGCAGACGAGUUCAAGCUACACGCUCGCGAGCGCAAGUUCGUCGUGCGCGAGUUCUCGUACAAUGAAGCUGACUUGGCCGCCGGCAAGAAUGAGAUCACCAAGUUGGUCACCGACAAGAAGAAGCAGUUCGGUCCGCUGGUGCGAUGGCUGAAGGUGAACUUCUCCGAGUGCUUCUGUGCCUGGAUACAUGUCAAAGCUCUCCGCGUGUUCGUGGAGUCGGUGCUAAGAUACGGUCUGCCCGUCAACUUCCAGGCGGCGGUGCUGGUCCCGUCGCGCAAGAGCAUGAAGAAGCUGCGCGACGUGCUGCACUCGCUUUACGCGCACCUCGACCACUCCGCCAACGCCGGCGCACAGGCCGAGAGCGCGGAGCUGGCGGGGCUCGGGUUCGGGCAGUCUGAGUACUUCCCGUACGUGUUCUACAAAAUCAACAUCGACAUGAUCGAGAAGGCUUAAGCUAGCGUCGCCACGACACGCAUACAUAGGUAAAUGUUACCCAGGCCUUAAACAUGCGGCCGCGCCGCUAGCCAUACGCAAUAAUAUCCUGUACAUCUUACUUUACUCCAGCCAAUCAAUUUAUAAUUUAUUUUAUCCCACACCUUUGUAAAAUAAAAUCAAUAAUUUCCGACAACUAUAUUUUUCUAUGUACAGAUUUUUGAAAUUUUAUUUUAAUUAUAUUUUUUCGUGUUUAACUAAUCGAUGCAGGUUGUUUGUUACAUAAAUGUAUUUAUGUAUAUUAUUUAUCAAUAAGCAGUUUGAUUAGAAAUUUUGAAUAAUGUUUGGUGCGCUUUCACAUUUUUCUUUAAACGCAACAAUCCUUUCAGUAUUAUGUGUUGCGACUAGAGUAGUGUAAUAUACGUUAUAGCCACCAGUUGAAGCCUGUAUUAUAUAAAUGUUCAAUAAAUAUAUUGGAGUUAUGAAAUGCAAAAGCUAUGUAAAUAAGAACAUUCCUCAUUAUAACUCGUGUAGUACAUAAUAAAAAUAUUAUUGAAGUUACUGUU